AUCUCCGAGCAGAGAGUUGGACUGAUUCUUUCUAUUCAUUUUUUUCCACAGAGAGACGUAUUCUCUCAUCUUUCACACAAUCAUCCCGCAGAGAUCUCGUCUUUCCGCUCUUGGCCUUUGAGUUCUAUCCCCUGAGACCAAACCCUUUUUUUCUUUUUUUGUUUUCAAUCUGCAAUACAAACUUUGUCUGAAGAAAAAAGGAUACAGAUCCAAGGAUCUGGGAAGUGAAGAAGGAUGGAAUACUACGCGAAUCAGCCGAGCAGAGGAGGCAGCAUGCGGAGGAGCAUAAGCCGGAGCGUGAGCAGAGCCAGCCGAAACUUGGAGGACAUAUUCUCCAGUGGCUCCAGACGGACGCAGUCCGUCAACGACGACGAGGAAGCUCUGAAAUGGGCCGCCAUCGAGAAACUCCCCACCUACAGCCGCCUCCGGACCAGUAUCAUGACCGCCGUCGUGGAGGACGACGUGUACGGAAACCAGAUCCUCCGGAAGGAGGUCGACGUCACCAAACUCGACGGCGAGGACCGCCAGAAGUUCAUUGACACCGUCUUCAAGGUGGCCGAGGAGGACAACGAACGCCUCUUGACCAAGCUCAGGAACAGGAUCGACAGGGUUGGGAUUCGGCUUCCGACAGUGGAAAUAAGGAUGGAGCAUUUGACUGUGAAAGCCGACUGCUAUAUCGGAAACAGAGCCCUUCCUUCGCUUCUUAACGUUUUGCGAAACCUCGGAGAAUCAGCUCUUGGGAUUAUCGGCUUUCAGUUCGCAAAGAAAACGAAGCUCACCAUCCUUAACGAUGCUUCUGCCAUCAUCAAACCCUCGAGAAUGACCUUGCUGUUGGGUCCGCCUUCUUCUGGGAAGACAACGCUUCUGUUAGCGUUGGCAGGGAAACUAGACAAAAGCCUGGAGGUGACAGGGGAAAUAACGUACAACGGUUACAAGCUCGACGAGUUUGUGCCGAGAAAGACCUCGGCUUACAUUAGCCAGAACGAUGUUCAUGUCGGGAUCAUGACCGUGAAAGAAACCCUUGAUUUCUCUGCUAGGUGCCAAGGAGUUGGUACCAGAUAUGAUCUGCUGAAUGAGCUGGCGAGGAGAGAAAAAGAUGCAGGGAUUUUCCCAGAAGCAGACAUCGAUCUGUUCAUGAAGGCCUCAGCAGCUCAAGGCGUGAAGAGCAGUCUCGUAACAGAUUACACACUCAAAAUUCUGGGGCUGGACAUAUGCAAGGACACCAUAGUUGGGGACGAGAUGAUGAGGGGAAUCUCCGGAGGUCAGAAGAAACGUGUGACGACCGGAGAGAUGAUCGUUGGACCGACAAAGACCCUUUUCAUGGACGAGAUAUCCACCGGCCUCGACAGUUCCACUACCUUCCAGAUCGUCAAGUGUCUUCAGCAGAUCGUUCACCUCACUGACGCCACUGUCUUCAUGUCUCUCCUCCAACCUGCCCCCGAGACUUUCGAUUUAUUCGAUGACAUUCUUCUCUUGUCCGAAGGUCAGAUCGUUUACCAAGGACCCCGCGACCAUGUUCUUGAAUUCUUCGAAAGCUUUGGAUUCAAAUGCCCUGAAAGAAAAGGAACUGCUGAUUUCCUGCAAGAGGUCACGUCCAAGAAGGACCAGGAGCAAUACUGGGCAGACCAGAACAGGCCGUACAGAUACAUUCCUGUCUCAGAGUUUGCAAGCAGGUUCAAGAGCUUCCAUGUCGGAAAGCAGCUCCACAAUGAACUGUCCGUACCGUUCGACAAGUCACGCGGCCACAAAGCUGCACUGGUUUUCGACAAGUUCUCAAUCCCGAAAAUGGAACUUCUCAAGGCCAGUUGGGACAAGGAGUGGCUGUUUGAAGAGAGGUGGACAAGUUAUCUACAUGGGUCCUCUAGGCCGAAACUCUCACAAGGUAAGCUCUUCCUCAGGACAGAAAUGCACAGGAGGAAUGAGGGAGAUGCCUCCCUCUACAUCGGAGCUUUGCUCUUCGCGAUGAUCAUUAACAUGUUUAACGGGUUUGCAGAGAUGGCGAUGACGAUUCAGAGAUUACCCGUUUUCUAUAAGCAGAGGGAUCUUCUGUUUCAUCCGCCAUGGACAUUCACGCUUCCGACCUUCUUGUUGGGAAUCCCAAUCUCGAUCUUCGAGUCGUUGGCGUGGAUGGUGGUGACGUAUUACUCGAUUGGGUUCGCACCAGAGGCCAGUCGGUUCUUCAAGCAGUUCCUUCUGGUGUUUCUGAUUCAGCAAAUGGCUGCUGGGAUCUUCAGGCUUAUCGCCUCUGUCUGCAGAACCAUGAUCAUUGCUAACACUGGUGGAGCUCUCACUCUCCUUCUCAUCUUCUUGCUCGGUGGAUUCCUUCUUCCUCGAGGUGAGAUUCCUGUGUGGUGGAGGUGGGCUUUCUGGGUUUCCCCUCUCUCCUACGCUUUCAACGCCAUUUCCGUGAAUGAGAUGUUGGCUCCCAGAUGGAUGAACAGACUGGCAUUCGACAACACAACAAGGCUAGGAACCCAGGUGCUGAAGAACUUCGACGUUUUCGAUGAUAAGAAUUGGUAUUGGAUCGGAGCUGCUGCCCUUCUGGGUUUCAUCCUUCUCUUCAACGUUCUCUUCACUUUAGCCCUGAUGUAUCUUAACCCCCUUGGAAAGCCACAAGCAUUGGUUCCAGAGGAGGAAGAUGGAGAAUCUGAGACAGAUCCCAUGCGCCGAUCUCUGUCUACUGCUGAUGGGAACAAAAGAGACAUCCCGAUGGAAAGAAUGGGCAGAAACGCGGACUCAGCCAAUGCGGUUGCCCCUAAGAGAGGAAUGGUUCUUCCUUUCACUCCUCUGGCUAUGUCAUUUGACAGUGUCAAAUACUUUGUCGACAUGCCUGCGGAAAUGAGGGAUCAAGGAGUUCAAGACGAUAGGCUACAGCUUCUUAAUGAUGUGACUGGUGCGUUUAGGCCUGGAGUCUUGACCGCUCUCAUGGGGGUCAGUGGUGCCGGCAAGACAACACUGAUGGACGUUUUGGCUGGAAGGAAAACCGGUGGAUAUAUCGAAGGUGAUGUCAGAAUAUCUGGGUUCCCCAAGAAUCAGGAGACAUUUGCUAGAAUCUCUGGAUAUUGUGAGCAAACCGACAUUCAUUCCCCACAAGUUACUGUCAGAGAAUCACUGAUUUACUCUGCUUUCCUCCGUCUUCCCAAAGAAGUUAGCAAAGACGAAAAGAUGAUGUUUGUAGACCAAGUGAUGGACCUGGUAGAGCUGGACAACCUUAAGGAUGCAAUAGUCGGGUUACCUGGAGUUACAGGGCUGUCCACAGAGCAAAGGAAGAGAUUGACAAUUGCAGUGGAACUCGUGGCGAAUCCUUCGAUCAUAUUCAUGGACGAGCCGACUUCAGGAUUGGAUGCGAGAGCAGCAGCAAUCGUGAUGAGGGCCGUCAGAAACACGGUUGACACUGGUCGGACAGUCGUCUGUACAAUCCACCAGCCGAGCAUCGAUAUCUUCGAGGCAUUUGAUGAGUUGCUGUUGAUGAAGAGAGGUGGACAAGUUAUCUACAUGGGUCCUCUAGGCCGAAACUCUCACAAGGUGGUUGAGUACUUCGAAGCGGUUGCCGGAGUUCCCAAGAUUCCGGACAAGUACAAUCCCGCCACUUGGAUGUUAGAAGUCAGCUCUGUGGCCGCUGAAGUCAAGCUUGGGAUGGACUUUGCUGAGUAUUACAAGUCAUCGUCUUUGUUUCAGCGAAACAAGGCAUUGGUGAAAGAACUGAGUGUUCCACCGGCAGGAGCGUCUGAUCUUUACUUUGCGACACAGUUCUCACAGAACACAUGGGGACAGUUCAAAUCUUGUCUGUGGAAACAGUGGUGGACCUACUGGAGAUCUCCUGACUACAACCUUGUCCGUUUCUUCUUCACAUUGGCCACUUCACUUAUGAUCGGCUCCAUCUUCUGGCAAAUAGGAGGUAACAGGUCAACCGCAGCAGACCUUACCAUGGUGAUAGGAGCUCUAUACGCGGCGGUUAUAUUUGUGGGAAUCAACAACUGUUCGACUGUACAGCCGAUGGUGGCGGUGGAAAGGACGGUGUUCUACAGAGAAAAAGCGGCUGGAAUGUACUCGGCCAUGCCAUACGCCAUAGCACAGGUGACGUGCGAGGUUCCGUACGUCCUGGUCCAGACCACUUACUACUCUCUAAUCGUCUACGCCAUGAUCGGGUUCGAGUGGACGGCCGCCAAGUUCUUCUGGUUCUACUUCGUCAGCUUCUUCUCCUUCCUCUACUGGACCUACUACGGCAUGAUGACCGUCUCCAUCACACCGAACCAGCAAGUCGCCUCCAUUUUCGCAGCCGCCUUCUACGGAAUUUUCAAUCUCUUCUCCGGAUUCUUCAUCCCCAGACCCAGGAUUCCAAAGUGGUGGAUUUGGUACUACUGGAUCUGCCCCGUGGCUUGGACCGUGUACGGACUGAUCGUGUCCCAGUACGGAGACGUGGAGACACCCAUCGCCGUCUUGGGUGGUCCGGCCAAUCUCACCGUCAAGCAAUACAUCAAUGACCAGUAUGGCUUCGAGUCUGACUUCAUGGGACCAGUCGCCGCUGUCCUCAUCGCCUUCACCGUCUUCUUCGCUUUCAUGUUCGCCUUCUGCAUCAGAACCCUAAACUUCCAGACCAGAUAGAGGCUUUCUCCUUCUCUGAAUCUGAACCCUCCCCCGAUGUAAUAUACAUAUUCCCGCCACACGUUAUCCUGCUUUGCUCAUUAAUUUUGAUUUUUUGUUUGUCUAAGAUAACCGACCAAACACCCUCGGCCUUUGCUCGAAUGUAAUGUAAUGCUAUCUCGUUUGCUUAGAUAAAAUAAAAAUAGAUCCCUUUUUUUUUGCCC